AUGGACGAGGACUACAAGCUCGCCAAGGAGGCCUUCGUCUCUGGCCUCCAGGGCACCAGCGCAUCGGAAGUUUUUCUCGUUUUUGCCCUCGCACCUGGGAGUUUAUGGCUUUAUUCGGAGCUUAUGCUGCUGCUAGAGGUCGUGGGGAUCCGACAACUGGGCGCCGGUAAUUUAAACUUGGUAGCGACGAUCUUGGUGGAGUUCAUCGUGACGGUGGUGCCUACGAUGAUCGGCUUUAGCUAUGCCGAGUAUGCAAUCCCGCUGCUUGCGAUGGUAUAUUCACUGGCGGCGACGUUUAGUGCUCUGUCCCGAUUCCAUGCCAAGGAUUUUAUUCGCAAGCACUGCAGGAAAGAGAAGAUGAACCAACUGCUCGAGAAGGAGCUGCCAUUCUUGACAAACUUCCGCGCGCAGAUCAUGAUCUCUACGUGCUUCGCGAUCUUGGCAGUCGACUUCACCGUCUUCCCUCGUCGCUUUGCCAAGACAGAAAACUUUGGGUUCAGUGUGAUGGACAUCGGAGUUGGUGCGUUUAUCGUUUCUUCUGCAAUUGUGUCAGCACCUGCUCGUCAAGCCCGUCCUAGCGCAAGCACCAAGAGACCUCGCCUCGAUCCACCCGAGAGCAUUGUGAAGAAAUGCUACGCGUUCCUUCGACCGAUUGCGCUUGUGCUGGUGUUUGGAGCUGCAAGAUUUCUGACUGUGAAAGGUGUCAACUAUCAGGAACAUGUGUCUGAGUAUGGAGUUCACUGGAACUUCUACUUCACUCUAGCAGGAGUGUAUCUUGUGUACUCCUUCCUUCGUGGCUUCGGUAAAUGGGCUUGCGGCCCCAUUGCGGCGAUAUUAAUUGCAGUCAGCUACCAAGUGUAUCUAUCUCAUUUUGGCGGUGAAGAGUACAUCUUAAAUGCUCCUCGUCACAAUUUGAUGAGUCAGAACCGCGAAGGGAUUCUUAGUCUAGCGGGCUACACCUCGCUCUACAUGCUGUCGGUAUACAUUGGCCAGUGUAUUUUCGGCUACAUGGACUCCAACGUGUUGAAACUUCACCGCAACAUGAGGUGGCUUACGAUCGCGCUCUUUGUCAUCUCCGGGUUGGUAUGGGUCUCAACUUUCCUCUCUGUGCGUCUUGUUGCACGUCCGUCCCGUCGAAUGUUGAACGUGUCGUACUUGCUGUGGGUCAUGGCUGAGUCCCUCACCCUACUCGCUCUCUAUAGCGGGACUCAAACUGUCUGUAUGCUGCCGAGAGUGCCGAUACUUUUCCAGGGUAUCAAUUACAACCAGCUCUUUAUCUUUAUUGUGGCCAAUCUCACGACAGGCGCGGUAAACCUAAGCAUGCAUACAAUCAGCUCGAGCACCAUUGCGGCGUCCGGCGUGCUUGUGGCAUACAUGUUUGCAGUCUGCGUGCUCGCCUCGGUGUUGCAGUACACAACUAUCCGUAUCAAGCUGUAG